GGAGCAGGAGAUAAGGGAAAGGAAAGUCAAGUAUCUCCAUUGUCGGGCUGGGGGCGUCCAAACAUCGGUGACCGGGCAGGAGGGGGAAAGGACCCGGGUUCCAGGAGCGACCCCGGGGAAUGCGCUCCUGCCCCCUGCCAUGCUUACUUAAGCUAAUGUAAGGGCUUGCCUUUCAGCCGCGGCGGCGCUGGGAUACGGGACAAACAGCUCCCCGGGAGCCCCCGGCGGCCUGGGCCCCUCUUCAGGACAUCAUUAAAAGCGCAUGCCAUUUGCUUCCCCUCCCCUGGUAGACGGUGGCAAGGUUCGGGUCUCCAGCCCUGAAGUCUAGGAGAAGCCACUGCGGUGGAAAACAUCCUCGCUUUGAAAACCCAGCCUGGAAUUAAAGACCCGCACGAGGUGAGGAGUCUGGGGCGCAUUUAUCGGCUGUGGGGGGCGAGGACAGUUACAAAAGGCUCAGCAGGUAGAGAAAGAACUGUCCCGAUUGGCGCCGCGCACAGGAGCCCAGCACCGGGGGGGGCCUGCGCCCUUGUGGUCGUCCACGUGUCCUCCAGCCUGUCUCCCUCCAUCAGCUCCGAGGACAGCGACGUGGCCAGAGCCGGCCCCGUGAGCGCGACUAAUCCUGUUCCCAAGCUUGCCUACAAAGAGGAACAGGCCCCCCGGGCCUUGGGCAAGGAUGCCGGGCCCGACCCAAGGCCGUUAGGCAAGCCCCCUCCGCAGCCUCAAACUCCAUGAGCCGCAGGGCCGCGUCCCAGCGAUGGCGGGAGAGCUGUGUGGACGCCGCCGUGCUGGACUUCGUCGCGGACCUGUCCCUGGUCUCCCCGAGACGUCCUGUCCUCGGCGACCUCCCGCCGGAGGCGCCCCUCGGGGACCGAGGCCUUGCGCUCCGACAGGGAAGACCCAGAGGGCUGGCGCGGUUUGAAGAGGGGGAUGCAGAAGAAGGGGACGAGGAGGAGGAGGAGGAAGAGGAAGAGGAGGAGGAGGAGGAAGAGGAAGAAGAAGAAGAGGGGCGCGGGAGAGGCGCCUCGCUGCUGGGCCGCCCCAGGAGGAAACGGGUGAUCACCUACGCCCAGCGCCAGGCCGCCAACAUCCGCGAGAGGAAGCGCAUGUUCAACCUCAACGAGGCCUUCGACCAGCUGCGCAGGAAGGUGCCCACCUUUGCCUACGAGAAGAGGCUGUCCCGCAUCGAGACCCUGCGCCUAGCCAUCGUCUACAUCUCCUUCAUGACCGAGCUCUUGGCGAGCUGUGACAAGCAAACCGGCUGAGGCGGCCCGGGACUGGGGCUGGGGCUGCGGUGCCGGCCGGGUCCCCGCCAGGGCGCGCGCGGCUGGGGUGCGCCAGGGCCGGCCCCCGAGGGGUGCUUUGGAAAGGGGAGCAGGGCGGCCGCGAGGCUGGACGCGUGGCCCUCUCGGCCACGUGAGCUCCUUGUCAAUCGCCCUGUGUUCUCGGCAAGAGAGCGGCUGUGGAGCUGAUGCCCGCGCGGUCCCUCUCCGUGUGCCGGGCAGAGGCGAGAGCGGGGAGCGGUCUUGGCUCAUCCGGUCCGCAGACUGCGGGGACUGGGCGCUGCUGUCGGGAUCCCCUCUCUCCGCGUUGUCUUUUUAACGGUAUUAGAAGUAGCAAACCAGAGAGAGUCUUGGCUUUGUUUUAAGCCUCAAGAAUGGACGUUGUGCCCUCCCCACCCGCGCGCUCCUAGGAAAGGCUUGUAGCAGAGACCCGCGACCCCGUGCGGGAUUUCCGGAGAGGCCAAGCGGCUCCAGCCCUCCUGCCCAGGGCUCCCAGGCCAGACCAGGGACUAAGAGGAGAUGCAGAAAAAAUGGGGAGAGUCCGAGGGGACUUGGUAACCAGAAUGCCACGUCCGGGAAGGGACAUCAUCUCUCCAGUACUAGCUCGCUGGCUCUCUCUCCUGUCUCUCUCUUCUUCCCUCCUGGUCUCCCUCUCCCUUUCCAUCUCCUCCUGCCCCCCCCCACUCUCUCCCUCCCCCCACACCACUGUGUCAGAUUUCCAGAGCGGGAACCCAGGGCGGGCGCCCACUGAGAUGGCCCCAUUGGCACCGCCGCGCCCAGCAAGGCGGGAGCGCCCACUGUCCAGGGCCUUGCCUGAGUGGGACUUGCUCGCUGCGGGCCUGCCACGCCUCAGGCCGCCGAGGGCAGCUAGAGGCGCGCUGCGUGCCCCCGGGCCUGCGGGGAACUUCGGGCUUCGCCCGCCCGCGGCCACGCAGCACCUGGCCCCGGUUUCCCUGCGCGGCGGGGCCUGAGCACGUACCGGCCCGCCGUUUGCCGUAGGUGGGGACGGUAGCGUGGGCCCUCACGGCCUCUGAGGAUUUCCACGGAAGGCGGAAGUCCGAGGCGGAGACGCACUCUGACGGCUUGCGGGACCCCAGCGCCCGCCGGGAAGUUCGAGCGGGUGGGUGCAGGUUGGACCUGGUGCGGCUCCACGAGCACCUGAAAUGGGGUCUUUCAGAAAGCCGUGGUGGCAACCACAGGAGUGGGUGAAGCCCACCUAACCACAAAUGCGGGAAUCCGGAAAAAAAAAAAAUCCGCAGGGCUUGCUCCGACGUGCGGGGGCCGGGCACCCGCUCUGCCGCGCACACGCAGGCUUUUAGAAAUAGAAUCCAUUGUGUUAAGAAGCAAUAUAUCCUCAUUCUAGAAAUACUGGAAGGUUCUAGAUAGAAAAAAAAAUUAAGCCACUCACAUUAUCACCCUGUCAGCGUUUUCCUCCAUGUCUUUCCAGUCUUUUCCUCCUGUGCAGUUACAAAUUCAAUAUAUUUAACACAUUUGGAAAACAAAUGUUGCUUUUCACUCCACGUAAUGGAAUGAGUGCUUCUCUCUGGACUUCAGAUGUUGUUCCAGCGCGAUUUUCGUGACUGCAUCUCACGGCCAACAUCGAAGCAACAAACCCUGCCCCGGCCCUUUGCGGGUGGGUAGCUGCUUCCUUUCACCAAUAAAUGACGCGGCAAACA